CUCGCGCCGCGCGCCGCAGCGGCAAGCUUCGUGGCGAGCCUGUCGGGUUCGGGUUCCGAGGCAGUGAGGGCAGCGGAGGAGGCUGGGCGGCCGGUCCUCACGGCUCCUCCGUGGGGACGCCGGGGCGGGCUGGGAAAGCGCUGCGCGCGGGCGGCCUGGCUCGGCGGCGCGGGGCCGUCGCGGGGGAGCGAGAGGAGGUCAGCGUCCCGUGCCUGGCCGAGGGAGGAGGGCGCGGGCAGCCUCGAGCGCAGAGGCAGCCUCACGGGCGCGCCGGCUGCGUCCGGGAAAGCCACCCGGCUGAUGAGGGCGAGCUGGGCCGUCGCCGUCGCGUCGGGCGUCCGGGAGGGGAUGCGGCCGCGGCCGGAGAGCUGAAGGUGGCGCGGGCCCGCACCCCGCGGGAGCUGUCCGGCUGAGCGGGGAAAGGUGCCUCUUCAGAGCCUCCCUCUCGCAGUCUUGAACUUCAAGAAAAGAUGUGGAGUGGGCUGUUACCUCCUGGGCUAAAUGAAAGUGAUGUUGAAUCAAAUUCUGAAGAUGAAGCCAUACUAGAGAACCCAGAACUUUCAGAACUUAACUUACAGGAAGAUGGAAAGACUGACAGCAGUAGGAAGCCAAAAAUGUCAGACUUCCCAGCAUGCAAGCCAAAAGCUGAAACAGAGACUGACACAAAUGCAUAUGACAAAUGUCCUUCUGGAAUUCCCCUAAACAUGUGGAAUAAAUUUCAAGAAUUGCAUAAAAAAAAUUCUGAACAGAAAAAUUCAACAUCAAGAUUCAGACAGAAAAAAAGAAAACGCUCCAAAAAAGGCAAAUUGAAGAAUGAAAAGGAAUCUCAGAGUGAGCAGUCCUCAAGUGAAACCCAGUGGAAGGAGCUUACUCAAUAUUUUGGAGCCAAUGAUAGAUUUGAACCCCCGGUUAAACAGAAAAAAGUUGAGAAGUCAGGCCUUGAAAAGAGGAUAGACCAGGCUGUGGAGGAAUGGGAUGUUGAGAAGGCUGAAGAGCUGAGCAACCAGCUAGCUACUCGAGAGCUCGGUGUAAAAGUUGCCAAAGCAAUUGCGUGCCACAAGUUUGUUAAAGCCAAAAAGGAGGCUGAAAACUCACAGGCUGCUCGAAAAAAGAAGAAGCUGGCAUGGGGGUUUGAAGCAAAGAAGAGAUGGGAAACCAAAAGCAACAUGGGAUAUAUGUAAUCUUGCAGAGUUCUUCAGGACAUUUAUUUAUAGACUAUCAUGCUUCAUUUGACAAAAAGAUUUUUCCACUUAGGUUAAAUGUGUCAGGAAAUUGAUAAAGAUAGAAAAAGAUAAGCGUAAAACUUGGGAGCUGAUUAUAAACUCUUUUCAGUCUUUUUUCUAAGAAGUUUGUGAAGGAAAUGAACAUUUUUAUAUUUGUGUAAGAAUUUUUAAGCAUAUGUACAAGAAAAAAAGGAUAGAAUUUUAUUUAUUUGUGUAAGCAUACAGUUUAAAAUCAAUUUUGUGUUUGAGCUGUUGGUCUAGCAUAUCCUGUGAGGUCCUUCGACUUCCUUAUCUGUUCUUAGCAUGACUGCACUUUUUCUAGAAUUGUGUUUUUACGAAUGGCUUUUGUUUAUAAUGGAUUAGUCAUAAAUAGAAAAAUUCUCAAUUGUUACUGACUUUACAAAUGGCUUUUAACUAUUUAAUUCUGUAAAAAAAUAAUUAUUGGUUAUUUUGGAGGAAGAAUUAAUAUUUCAUAGUCAUGUAGUAAAAGCAAUUGAUUAAUGUCAGUAGAAAUAAUUAUAGUAAAAAGUAGACACAUUAUAGUAUCUAGAGAAUGAUUUAAAUUCAGUUUUGCCUAGAAAAUGCCUUUCUAAAUAUCUGUCAACCAUGUCAUUCUUUGAAUUAUGAUUGUUCUUUGAAAAGGAAAUGGUCUGAUUGUGCUAGACACAGCUAUAACUUAAGAUAACAUAACUUUGGAUUGUCUAAGAGCUCAUUUGUUUUUACCCCUUCUCCCUGCUACUCCUUAAAAGAUAGAAUUAAUGAGACUAAAGAGAGAACUGAUUCCGGUGAAAUCAUUGUCCUUUGGUAUGUGUUUUACAGUCCUAUUGGGUAGAGGCUUUGAAAAGUCACUUGAUAACCAGCAAGACCAUAUGUGGAUACUGUGAAAAAUGAGUCAUGAUUAUAAUUGAAUAUUUUAGACUUAAAAUAGUAACAAUUUUAUUAACUUAUGGUGAUAUGUAAAUUUUCUCUAUAUGAAAAACAAGUGAAGAGUCCAACUAUCAAUGUUACCUUUAUUUAGUUUAGAAACACUGGUAUACAAACACAGGAUCCAGGCUAUCCACUGACAUGUCUUCAUGAAUAGGUACCUACCUUCGGGGAUGUCCUGAGUACUGUUUAUUUACAGAACCUACUUUAUGCAUGGUAUGCUAAUCAUACUGUUUAACAUACAUGUUUGUGUAACAGAAUAGGAAUAUUUUUUCCAUUCACUAUACAUUUCCCAGAUUUUAUCUAAAACAAGAUGUAUUAUCUUUGAGAAAGUUUCUAGUAUGGAUAUUUUCUUAUGUAAGGCCCUGGAACAUGCCUCUGCCUUAAUUUUCUGUUUCCUUACAUUCAGUUUUGUGGGUCUAGUGACUUCUGACAGCACAUUUUCUAUGUCAGGCCCCAUUCUGAGCUUUUAUGUCAGUGGGGCCAUUUUAACUGAGUAGAGAACAGCCAUAUGGGAGGGUGGUCAGACAGAGAAGUCACAUCUCCCAACUGCCUGCUCUUGUGGACAUGGAAAGUUUUGAAGUAUACUGGUGUGGCCAGAAAGUAAGGAGGAAGGAUUGCAUGAGGAAGGGCGAUGGCUUUUGUGUCUAUCUGGGGUCAUACUUGGUAUUUUAUUUGGGAUGACAGUUUGGAUACCUUAUUCUUUAGAACAAUAAAAUGGUAGCAUUAUUCCUGGGCCAUCAGUGGUGCCCACAGGGUGUAGUCAUUGUCCUUCCUAUUCUGGCCACAGUGAAAUAAGGGUUCUUUGUGAAUCAGUGAUAACUUUGGUCCCUGAAGCUUCAACUUGUGCAUUUGCUUCUUCCAGAACACUUGAAUUUGAUUAGUGAUGUGAUUUUCAGUUACUCUUGAGUGAGAUUAAUAUGUUUGAGGCCAUUGGUAUAGCGUUAGUUACAUGAUUUACUGUCUGAGUACUUGAGGCCAGCACAGCUUACUGAAGAACAGUAAUUUUGAGCUUUACUGUGUUGGUUUUGAAAGUAAGGUUGGUAGUGCAUUCUUGUUUAGGAGCCCUCAGGAUGUUUCUGAUUUCAGCAGAACAUUCUAUUUCUUUCACCAAAAGGAGAGUUUAAAUAUGCAAUCUCAAGCUUGCUAUAAUUAGUUCUGAUGACAGUUAAAUACCUCAGCCAAGACUGUAAAUCAGCAGUUAAAUUCUGACUUCUGCCGUUGAUCAUAAAUCUCAAGCAUGGUGUUAUAAACACUUAUUUUUGGGGACAGGCCUCAGACAGAAGCAAAAUGCCAUUUGCAUGUUAGGUGACAUCUGUAAACCUCACACUUUAAAUCUGAUACUGUGUCCACACCUUUUGGCUAAGCUGUCUUUGCAGUACUUUAGCAAGUGAUGAGAACUUUGAGUCCUUGUGUGUGCGUGUGCGGUGUGUGCUGCUGCAUGCCUUGGGCAUUCUUCUCUAGCACUUAUUUGAGAUGGGCUUUCUCACUGAACAUGGAAUGAUGCUGGAGUGUGUCCAGCCUUGCUCUUGGCUCUGUACCCCAGCACUGGGCUCAGGCUUGCACACUGCCAUGCCUGGCUUUUUACAUGGGUUUUGGCGAUUCAAGCUCAGUUCCUCCUGCUUGUGCAGCAAGUGCUGUUGCUGUUACCCACUGAGUCGUCCCCAGCCCAAGAAGUUAAAAUUCUUAAAAUGUGAAUGUAUUACUCUGAAAAUGUCUACGUUCACCUUGUCAGGGAAAGACUGAUGCUGUGCUUUUGGAAAUGUAUAUCUUAAAAACUAAAUAUAUUAUACAAGGCAAUAA